AUGGCGGGCUACGUUCGCCGCCCGGGCGCCACCCCGCUGUCCCGGGCCCGCAGCCUCGUCAUUCCGGACGCUGCAAGGUUCUUUGAGCGCCGGUCUUGUCUCCCCCAGCUAGACUGUGAGCGCCCCCCUGGCAGGGACCCGGACCCCCACUUCCUCGGCGUUCGGCCGACGUUUAUGUGCUAUGUGCCCAGUCCGGUGCUAGCUUCCGUGGGAGACGCAGAUGAUAAGCUUGGAGAUCUCGAAGAGGCAAAUCCAUUCUCCUUUAAAGAGUUUCUGAAAACCAAAAACCUCAGCCUAUUGAAAGAAGACACAGCCAACAGCAGACUUCAUUCAAAGGAAGCCACAAGGCACUCACUGGGACUCAACUGCAGCUCCCCGACCUCCCAAGCCAUGAGCUUCGGCUUGGAAUAUCAGCAGCCGUUUUUUGAAGACCCAACAGGGGCUGGCGACCUUCUGGAUGAGGACGAGGACGAGGACGGGUGGAACGGGGCCUAUCUGCCAUCCGCUGUGGAGCAGACACACUCAAGGGUCACAGCCAGUGCAUCACCCUGCAGCACGUACAUCUCCUUCUUCUCCAGCCCAUCGGAGCUGGCGGGACCCGAGUCCCUGCCCCCCUGGACGCUGAGUGACUCUGACUCUCGUGGCUCUCCAGCGGCAAGCCCCGGUGCAGACUUUGCAGCCCACGGAGAGUCUCUGGGGGACAGGCACCUUCGGACGCUGCAGAUAAGUUACGAAGCACUGAAGGAUGAGAAUCUGAAGCUAAGGAGAAAGCUGACCGAGGUGCAGAGUUUCUCCGAGACGCAAACCGAAAUGGUGAGGACGCUUGAGCGGAAAUUAGAAGCGAAAAUGAUCAAGGAGGAGAGUGACUACCACGACCUGGAGUCCGUGGUCCAGCAGGUGGAGCAGAACCUGGAGCUGAUGACCAAACGUGCAGUCAAGGCAGAAAAUCAUGUCAUGAAGCUGAAACAAGACAUAAGCUUGCUGCAGGCGCAGGUCUCAAACUUCAAGCGUGAGAACGAGGCCCUGCGCUCGGGCCAGGGCGCCAGCCUGACGGUGGUGAAGCAGAACACGGACGUGGCCUUGCAGAACCUCCGCAUGGUCAUGAGCAACGCGCACACCUCCAUAAAGCAGCUAGUUUCUGGAGCUGAGACGCUGAACCUUGUUGCUGAAAUCCUUAAAUCCAUAGACAGAAUUUCUGAAAUUAAAGAGGACGAGGAGGACUCUUGAGAAGCUUCUAGCUUGCAGCUCUGUUUACAUCUUGAAAUCACUACUUACUAAAUUUUAAAAUACCAUUGUGUCUUAAAAUACGCAGUCUUCACAGUAACCAUGUUUAUCAUGAGAUACCAAUUUCAUGACCUAGGGCAGUAUUAUUAGCCAGCCGCAAGGAGGAGCAGCUUCAUGGCGGGUCCCGGUGAGCUUUCUCUGUGGCCCUUCCUUGGUGAACUCCCUGCGGCUAUAGCACUGGUCUACUGGAAGACGUUUCAUAAAAGCCACCGAUUGAACGGUACCGAACAGGAAAACAGCAGUUCUCUGAUGCGUGUCAUCCGUUCUUAUUCCAGAACGUUCAUUCUAAGUUCAAUCAAUCAUCCUUGAUUUUACAAGUAAGGAAAACACUAAGUGAGCCGAAAUUCCAAUGAUUGCCUUGGACAGAGGCUCGUGCCUUUCUGCCGUCACUCGGCCCCUCUGCUCAGUCCACUCCUGCAGCCUUCACAGGGGUGGCGCCUGCGAGUGGUGGCCUGAGUGUGGAUGCCCCACGUGGUGGGCGCUGCCAUCCUCCCGCAGGGACUGAGGUCGGCAUGGAUUCUACACUGUGAAGCCGUUGAAGUGCACCUCUUUAGCAUUUUCGGGUUUGAAAAACUGUCUGACGGAGGGUUUUGAUACAUGUUCCAAGUGGCCUUUUGUACAAUGGCGUUCAGAGCUCAGGAACUCAGAGGGUGUGCAGCGCCUGCUGGGUCAGCACCAGGUCGCCGGGCUGCCUUUCCAGCCGCUGACGUAGGGGCGUAGCAUACUCUCUGUGCCGUUUUGGCUGUCUUCCUGUAGAUGUUAUUUUUAAAAAUGUUCCCUCCUGUUCAGAUUGACAGCUUUCUUAAUAAAUCUAAAAUUCA